GCAACAACGACAGCGACGACAAGACGACCGGCAGAAGGGGCAGUGGAGCCCUGUCGAGUAGCAUUCAGACGCUGUGCACCCGCUGGUCGCACCAGACGGCGGAUUGGACUUGAGGCCAACCUGUGUUUAGGCCGUUUGUGAGCGAGACGAGGCAGAAUUGCUUCCUGUGCCUCUUGGAGUUGACGCCAGCCCGUUUGUAUCGGCCUGUAGCACAUCUGUUUCAUACCCAUCAUUAAGAUGGCGGCUGCUUAUCUGGAAUCCCAAAUUGCCAAGCAUGCCGGCGAGACGGCCGAGCUCUGGCAAGAGGUCGAAACUCUCUACACGCGCAAGCUGUGGCAUCAAUUGACGCAAAAGUUGCUGGAGAUGGUGCAACAGCCCAUGUUUGCGGACGAUGGCCUCGUGCAGCUCUAUGAACAGUUCAUCUCGGAUUUUGCCUCCAAGAUUAACCAAGUCAGCUACGUCCAUCUCUGCCUCGUCGUUGCCACCCAGAUUGAGACCCCCGAGCAGGCGCUCGAGUUCUUGGGCAACAUCAAGAAUCAGGUGACAGCCGACACUGCGGCGACGGUGCUUGUUCAGGCGGCCAUCGCCGAGCUGCAUCUUCGUCUCAACCACGAGAGCGAAUGCCAGGCUCAGCUGCGUGAGGCUGAGAAGCUACUGGACCAGUUGGAUGGCGUGACAGAAAUGCAUGGCAGUUAUUACCGUGUAGCUGCCGAGUACCACAAGCACAAGGCCAACUUUGCUGAGUUUUACAUCAACGCCCUGCGCUUCCUUGGGUGCACGGAUAUCAAUACCCUUCCUGUCGAGGAUCAGGUGCAACGGGCUUUUGACUUGUCUCUGGCAGCGCUUUUGGGCGAGGGCAUUUACAAUUUCGGCGAGUUGCUGUCGCACGACAUUCUGAACGCCCUGCGCGACACAGACAAGGCCUGGCUGGUGGAGCUGUUGUUUGCUUUCAAUGCUGGCGACUUGCAAAAGUUUGAGGCUCUGGACAAUCACUGGAAGUCAUCUCCUGAUCUGGCUGCCAACACGGAGGUGUUGGGAGAUAAGAUUCGCCUGCUGGCGUUGAUGGAGCUCGUGUUUAAGUCGCCCCCGCAUAUGCGGGACCUCAAGUUUGACACAAUUGCUCAAGCGGCCAAUGUGACGGAGGAGGCGGUGGAGCGCCUGGUGAUGCGUGCCAUGGCCCUUGGUCUCGUGCGAGGCGCCAUUGACCAGGUCGAGGGCUUGGCCAAGCUCAACUGGGUGCAGCCGCGGGUGUUGGACCUGCAACAGGUUGGAGCGUUGGCUGACCGGUUUGCCACCUGGUGCGAAGCCGUCAACGAGGCGUCACAACAAAUGGAGCUCCAAGCACCCGAGCUCUUUGUGCAGUAAAUGGACGCGUCGUGCCCGCUUUGCGCUUUGGUGGUGUUGUGUGUGAAAGCGUACGUUGAAGAAUUCAAAGCUUUGCCUCUG